AUGUUUUUACAUUUUAAAGGCCUAGGUCCACGCUGGGCAUGUCCAUACAACUCCGGUACCAAAAGCACAGAACGAAUUAUCGCAGAAUUGCAAGGCAAGACAAAUGAAUUACAAUCCCUGGACUCUCAACCAACAUUUGGGGACAUGCUCGAUAGAAGCACGAAAGUACAGUUCAAUAUCAAUGCGAAACACCGCCUCUCCACAGCUGGUGCAAAGGUAUCCUCUUCCCACAAACGAAAACGGCUUGCGUUCGCCUUCAGAUCCAGCAAAGGACAAGAGAGCUACGAAUACCCUGAAAGGUAUUCGGAAUUCAAGGCAGCGCAAAUCCAAGCUCACAGAAGAGGAGUCAACAAAGCGUGGGCUCUCUUUUCGAAGUACAUGCCACAGCAAUGCAUUGGUCUUUUGAAAGAGAAUGACUGCUGGGAGAAACCCUAUGUAUAUAAGAAACCAGAAGGGUGUUUGGUGGUUGACAGUCCGCCAGGAAAAGAUCACAAUCUCCUUCAAAAGUCGUUUGCGGUGAUAAAUGAAAAUAUUGAUUCAAAAUGCAACGACGACGAACGAGAAGCAGAUAUUAACAUCCCUGAGGAAAGUCAGUACGAAGGACAGUUGCAUGCCAAUGAAGACAUGACCAUCAAGCCUGGCUCCGUGACACCCGAGGAUCAUGGGGAUGAUAACAGCGGUGGAAAAAGGUGGAAGGUCAGUAAGAUAGUUGACGGCAAGGAAACUUACAUCCACAUCAAGCAGGCCUUAAAACUUCUUCUACCCCGCGAGUACGUAUCUCGUUGUCGUCAGAAGAGACACUGGGCAUCACAGUACCUCCCAGGAAAGGAGCCCUUGAAUCCAAAACAUGAUAUAAUAAAGUACUGCAAUGUUGCUUUAAAGGUCACCCUCAAUGGCACACCAGUAUACGACAUCGGGCGAGUAGAGGUCAUUGAAUCGACAAAGGAUGGAUCGGAUGUUGUAAGCUUUGAAAAAAAGAAAGGGAAGCAGUCGGUGCGAGUACGUUGCUCCUUAUACACGGAGGACGAAAAUGAUGUUUAUUUCUUUUCUAAUGAUGUGAUUCUUACAAAAUGGAAACCACCUUCGGCUAUCAUUGGGGCAGUAGAUUUGCAGCCUGUCACAGAUAGUCCCGGAAAGUACAGGCUUCAGUCGGAGUGUAAAGCUCAUUUAAAAGAACUAGGAUUCUCGCCAAGGAAUGCCAAACGUGACAACGACACCAAAUCAUCUUCAAAUCAAACUGAAGAUAAUGAAGGGGCCACGGAGAAAGACGACUACUACGAAGUAGACGAAAUCGUAAGUCGGCGUCUCUCCAAGGACACCCUCGCAUAUGAGUACAAAGUAAGGUUCAAGGGCUAUGGGGAAGAAGACGACACGUGGUUGCCAUCAUCUUUUUUUUUAACCGACCGAUAA